CUGGCUCGUCAAAACACGGUGCAUUGUGGGGCGGAGGCGGCCUUUCUCUCGGUGUCCACAUACUGGCAAGAAGCGGUAGUCGGCACGUCUUCCAAGUAAAUAGCGUUAACAGGAGGGGGGGAAGAGUCUCAACCGAAAGAACGGAACACUCGUUCGGGGGCCUUGUUGUUCUUAUCAUCGCUAAUCAUCCGUGUAGUCCGCAAACAUGGGGCAGGAGGAUCUCAUGAACAAGGCCGAAGACGUGGCAGACCAGUUCCUGCGAGUCACCAAACAGUACCUGCCUCACCUGGCACGUCUCUGUCUCAUUAGCACCUUCCUGGAGGACGGCAUCCGCAUGUGGUUCCAAUGGUACGAGCAGCGAGACUACAUCGAGGCUACGUGGGGCUGCGGCUACUUCCUGGCCACGUGCUUUGUGCUCAUUAAUCUAUUAGGGCAGCUCGGUGCUUGUAUCCUCAUCCUCAGUAGAAAUUUUGUACAGUAUGCCUGCUUUGGAUUAUUUGGCAUCAUUGCGCUACAGACUAUUGCCUACAGCAUUUUAUGGGACGUAAAAUUUUUGAUGAGAAACCUCGCCCUGGGAGGCGGUCUCCUCCUGCUGCUGGCUGAGUCUCGUUCGGAAGGAAAGAGCAUGUUUGCUGGAGUGCCGUCCAUGGGGGAGAGCUCGCCGAAGCAGUACAUGCAGCUGGGCGGGCGGUUACUGCUGGUCCUUAUGUUCAUGUCUCUGGUCCAUUUUGACACCAGCUUCAUCUCUAUCCUGCAAAACCUGGUGGGCACCGCCCUCAUCAUCCUGGUGGCUAUCGGCUUCAAGACCAAGCUGGCGGCGCUGACCCUGGUCCUGUGCCUCUUCGCCAUGAACAUCUACUUCAACGCCUUCUGGAACAUCCCCGCCUACAAGCCUAUGCACGACUUCCUCAAGUACGACUUCUUCCAGACCACUUCGGUCAUCGGCGGCCUGCUGCUGGUGGUGGCCCUCGGGCCCGGCGGCGUGUCAAUGGAUGAGAAAAAGAAAGAGUGGUAGGCAAACAAAUGAAACGCGAAUCACACAGCACCACUAACUUACCCCCACAUACCAACUGGGACUCAAAGACCCCCCUCUCUGCUGGUUCACCUGGAUACACAGGGUUUACUUCAUAUAAAUACAUAUAUUUUGUUUUAUAUAUUUUUUUGGGGGGGGCCAAAACCAUAACUAUUGCUCCACCUCACAACUUCUAUUUUGGUUAUAUACUUUACAAACCCUUGAGUCAAACAUAAUUCUAAGCUGUCCUGUGUGAGCCAACUAUAUCAUAUUUUAUUGUUCUUAUCGUUGAUGAAUCUUCAUACGUUGUGACUAAGAUGCAGUUUGCCACCCUGGAUGCCAAUCAGGUGGUCUUUCUUGAGGUGUAGCAGCAUAUCGUUAAUGAGAGUCGGGGCCCCGGGGCACUUAUUUGACAGCGUCUCACUUCCACACUCUCCUCCAGCCUUCCAUUUAGCUGUGCACCCUCAAAGUAAACUUGACAGGCAACCCACGUUAGACGUUGGUUACUCAGUGGUGGAUCGUCAUCUUCCAUUUUGAAAAUCACACCACAGCUGUUAGAGCCAGGACUCGUCAUCGGGCGCAUUGAACGCCGAACCAGUGAACUUGUUUGAUGGGGUGUAACAGGUAGUGGGGAGGCUGUGUGUAUGUCUUUGUGAAAUGCCAUAUUAUGCGGUCUAGGAACGCAAAGAGGACUAAGCAGAGUCACGCCAACUUUUUUUUUUGUCUCUGCUUCGUGCUUUUUGCCUUGGAAAAUAAAAUAUUCUGUGUAUUGACUUUCAGAAGUUUAUAUUGUAUUUUUGAUUCUUUUUUUUCAAUUUGGAGGUUCAUGUCAGAAAAUAAAAUAAAAAUUAAACCGUGA